GAUAUUAUGAGUUUCGAUUAUUGGCAACAGGAAGAAGAAUACGAGGAAGCCGAACCGAGCUAUACUAUUCAUGAUGUUCCUUCGAAAAUCUACAAAGUCCAAAGGUCUGCUUUUGGGCAGUGUUAA